AUGAAGGCACAAACAACUAUUUUUGAUCACCAAGCCAUCUCACUUCGAUUCGUGAGCGGAACAUAUGCGUGUGGAUCUAUCAGACUUUACUCACGAGCGCAAUACAAAGUUUCGGCAAUAUGGCGUCCGCCCGUAACGCGACUUGGUCGAAAAGAGAAUCCUGUUCACAGACAGGUGGAGUCGCCCACACGGUUCAUCAUUUACUAA